UCCUCUCUUUCAAAUUUCUACUUUGUCACAACACAAUAAUUCUUAUAUAUAUGUAUACACAUUCCUACUAACUAAAAAUCCAUCAUCAAGAGAGAAUAAAUCAAGAAUGGAUGCUCUUUUCCUUGUUGUGUUGCUUUUCUUGAGUUCAGCCACUCCGCAUUCACAUGCAAGUUUCGUUGUACAUAACAAUGAUACACAGAAAACAUGGUGCAUUGCGAAACCGUCGUCGGAAGAGAGUGUUCUUAUAGCGAAUAUCAACUAUGCUUGCUCUCAAGUAGACUGCAGAAUUCUGCAGAAGGGCUGCCCUUGCUUCAUACCUAAUAAUUUGAUCAACCAUGCCUCAAUUGCCAUGAAUCUCUACUAUCACUCUAAAGGCAGCAACCACUGGAAUUGCUACUUUGGCAACUCUGGCCUUCUCGUCGUCACCAACCCGAGUUAUGGAAGCUGCAUUUAUGAAUAAUGAUUGUAUUCAAAUAUUGUAUUUAGGCUUGAGUGACAUUGUAUCAAGGAACUAUUAUUGAUUGAUGAUAAUGAAAAUCAUGGAUUAUUACAAAGUUUAGUACUUUCCAUGUAAAAUAAAUUGUGUAUGCAUUUUGACCAUUUUCAAUAAACCAAAUUAAAGUA